GCCGAUCAUGAGCGUAGAAGAAGAGUUACUACUUCCGGCAGUGAGUUGAACGCUGGGAUGGCGCUGCACCAUCAAAUGGAAUUCGCCCUCUGUCAUGUGCACUGAUCCAGUUUCUUCAGAGAAACACACAUCUCCGUCCUUUUAGCACGAGAAGAAUGUUUUUUUGUCAAUGGGUGUGAGUCGGCUUGAUGUUCUGUACAGAAGGCUUCUCCUCACCAAACUCUUCAUCCAAGGAUGGGGGAAGCCAGAGGACCUGAAAAGAAUAUUUGAGUUCCGGAAGAUUAUUGGCAACAGGGAGAGGUGCAAAGAUCUGGUACAGAGGGACUACCCAAUAUUUAUUGACAAAGUAGAAGAUCAAUCAGAUUGCAAAAUUCACAACGGUCAUUUCAUAUCGCCACUGGAGCACUUUGUCCCGGGCAUCUUGCCAGCCGAGUCCGUCAAAGCCCGAUUCCAGUUCAUUGUACCUAAGAAAUGGAAGAGGCACAGACCAGUCUGUAUUCACCUGGCUGGAACAGGAGACCAUUUUUUCUGGAGAAGGCGAACACUAAUGGCCAGGCCGAUGGUUAAAGAAUCAGGGAUGGCAUCUCUUCUGUUGGAGAAUCCUUAUUAUGGAUACAGGAAACCUAAAGACCAACUUCGCUCCAGUCUGAAGAACGUAUCAGACCUGUUUGUGAUGGGUGGAGCACUGAUCCUGGAGUCCGCUGUGCUGUUACACUGGCUGGAGCGAGAGGGUUUCUGGCCGCUGGGCAUGACUGGCAUUUCUAUGGGCGGACAUAUGGCAUCAUUAGCUGUAACCAACUGGCCCAAACCAAUUCCGCUCAUACCUUGUUUAUCCUGGACGACUGCUUCAAGUGUUUUUACCACAGGUGUUUUAAGUCGAGCCGUGAACUGGAGAGAACUGGAAAAGCAGUAUGCAGCUCACACAGUCUAUGAGCAAGAAAUCAUCAGUAUGCUGGAGUAUUGUGGGACAGACUCUUUCCGUAUGGGCCAGGAAUUCGUAAAAAAUGCCCCAGGCAGCUUUGACAGUCUCUCUGACCUGGAUCUUGGCCAUGACCUUCUUGACCUCCACUCGCCAGAGAGGGACCAGCAGAUGGGGCAGCGCUCCUCGUGUUCUCAGCCCGGGACUGGAGGUCACGCGGCAGACUCAGCCCUGCUGAUGGGGCGAAGAGAGAGAGAUGGACUAGAUCAGAUGCUAUCCGCUGUGAGCAGCAGCGGGCCUCAUUUGGACAUGCUACAUGCUAAGAACAUCACCUACGGGACCGGCCAGCGGCAGUCGCUGCAGCGGGAGUCUUUCUGCUUCAUGAAGGGAGUGAUGGACGAAUGCACACACAUCGCCAAUUUUUCAGUGCCUGUGGAUCCCAGUCUGAUCAUUAUAGUCCAGGCAAAGGAAGACGCUUAUAUUCCCCGCACUGGAGUACGCAGCUUACAGGAGAUCUGGCCUGGCUGUGAGGUUCGCUACCUCAAAGGAGGUCACAUCAGCGCCUACCUUUUCAAACAAAGGCUGUUUCGGCAAGCGAUUUACGACGCCUACGACCGGUUUCUUCACAAGUAUUCCAGCUUAUAGCCAUGGAUUUUUUGGGACUCAGCACUGACAAGAAUUUUGAAAGUAUGUGGAGAUGGAGAACACUGAAUGUGAUGUGUGAUUUUUACAGAAGACUGUGUAAAUGUAACCAAAGGGAGGCAGUGUGCAGCGGUUGUAGUGACAGAACUGUGUUACUCUGUGUGGUACACCUCAAAACUCACAGUGACCUAAAGCUAACUUACAUGUGCUCAACCCAUACAAAACCUUGUCUUCCUGACCUCACUGC